AUGAUCCGGGCGUUCUCCUUCCCCGUGAGCCCGGAGCGGGGCCGGCUCCGGGGCUGGUUGGAGGGGAGCCUGGCCGGGCUCUGCGAGCUCCACCUGCUGCGGGAGCGGCAGGAGCGCCGGGUGCGGCAGGCGCUGCGCCUCGGGACCGAGCCCGCCGAGCCGGCGGCCGGGGAGCCCGAGCCGGGCAGCGCCGGGGAGCCAGCCCCCGAGGAGCAGCUGGAUGCGCUGCCUGGUCUGAUGUGGGAACUGGAGCAGCAAGUGGGCGGGCUGCGGCUGUACCCCGAAAAGGCCUGCGGGGAGGCGGCCGAGACGGACAGCUGGCCCAGCUCGGGUUUCUACGAGGGCGCCUCCUCUGCGAUGGCCUCAGACUCACCAGUCUCCGGCUUCGGGGACUCUUCCAGCUUCCUCUCCGUCUCCGGCUCCUGCUCCCGCAUUGGCCAGGCCGAGUCGCGUGGCAGCUAUGCCAGUGAGCGCCCCAAAUCCGUGGGCGAGGUGGGCAGCAGUGGCAAAGACAGUGCUGGGCGGGGCAUGGUUCCCCGCUCCUCCUCGGCCCCCUACUCCAGCUGUCAGGACUACCUCUCUGAGCCGCCCCCGCGCCUCCCUCCCCGGGACAGCCUGGACCCCUUCCUGUACCCCAGUCCCCUUCACGCUGUGGCCAUGCAGAACCCGCUGCUCCGUGGCCGCCUCUAUGAUGCUACCCCCUUCUCGCCGGGCCUGGCCUAUGGUGCGGAGCAGGCCGGGGGGCUGGAGGAGUUCGGGGGGCAGGAGCUGCCCUGUUACCCCGAGGCCGCGCACUGCCACAAGGUGGAGAGCUACAUCUCGCGGCUGAUUCGCCGGCGCAGCCAGCUGGCACGGGGCGGGAAGCCCCGGACUAGCCUCAACGCCGAGCCGCCCGCCAAGGCAGUGGCCCGCCAGAACAGCCUCUGCAAGAGGCCCUCAGAGCUGCUGGCCCCCCAGGUGGAGCGCAAGCACCCCCCGGCCAUGGAGCGAGGCAGCAGCACCCCCUCGCCCUGCGGCUACGAGGGUGGGGCCGGCGCGGCGACCCGGAUCUGGUCGUCCUGGGACGCUGCGGCCGAGAGGACGCUGGCAGCCAAGGGGGCCCCGGAAGGCUACGCCCCGCCCCACUCCAGCCUCCAGAAGCCCCCCAAGCUGCAGGUGCUGGCCCACCUCCGGCCUGCCCUGUCGGUGGAUCACUACGAGGAGGGGCCAGGCGAGGACGGUGCCCAUGCCAGGAAUGGCCAGGAACCCCUUCCCUACGAGGAGAGGGGGGGCCGCCCCCCGCUGGCCUGCACCGAGGACGGGGCCUGCCAGAUGGUAAAGGCUCAGUACAUCCCAGCCCAGCAGCCCCCCCGUGCCCAGCAGGCCCACCGAGGUGCCAAAAAGAAGCCCCCUCCCCUCACCAAGGGGCGCUCGAUGGAGCUGUCACCAGAGCGGGCCCCGGUGACGCCCAGGGAGAGGCCUCGGGCAGCGGCGAUGCCCAAGAAGUGCCGCUUCACUGAGGAAGGUGGCGAAGUGCCAGGGGGGCGCCGGGCUAGUGCCAGGAAAGGCUCCCCCCGGGGCAAGAAGGCGGCGCGCUCCCAGUCGGAGAACAGCCUCCUGAACAAGCCGGGCACCUUGGGCACCAAGUACCACACGGUGGAGCGGGAUGAGGUGGUGCUCAAGCCGUCCCGGCAGCGCCGCCCCCACCCAGGCGCUGCCGGCUACCGGAAGUGGCGCUCGACGGCAGAGAUCUGCCAGGAGGAGGCAGGCGCUGGGGAGCCACAGCGGAGUCGGCGGGUGGGGCGGAGCGGGCCGGGCGCCGCCUCACCCCCCCGCAACGUGCUGUACGGCUACGCCGGGAGCGACUCGGAGUGCUCAGGCGGGCGGGGUGGCGGGGCGCGGCGGGCCCCCGUGUGCCGGCUGGAGGAGGGGCUGGCUUACGGUGACAGUGAGUCCAGCCUGAGCGAGGGCGGCUCGCCCGCCUUCAGCACCGGCUCCAGCGACACGGAUGAGAGCAGUGGGCUGGUGUGGCCCCAGCAGCUCUCGCCGCAGCUGGUCGCCAGCACGGGGCCCGGCCAGGCCGGCGGGCGGCCCAAGGUUUUUGUCAAGAUCAAGGCCUCGCACGCCCUCAAGAAGAAGAUUAUGCGCUUCCGAUCGGGCUCCCUGAAAGUGAUGACGACGGUGUGAGGUCCUGGGCUGGGGGGGUCUAAUCCCCCCCGUUAUCCCCUGCAGCCUCGGGGUGACCCCGACCCACACCCUCUCCAGCCUUCUUCCCCCCCCCCCACCAACUCUGCCCCAUACCGCCCUGGCCAGGGGCAGCCUAACCCAUUCCCACUCUGUGCCCCAUACCCCCUUGGCCUGGGGGGGCACUGACCCCCUGUCUACUCCCUCCAGCUUGGAGUAUCCCCUGACCCAUACCCCUCCAGCCUGAUCCACCACACUCCAUACCCCAUGGCCUUUUGGAGAGGGGGAGGCUGACUCACCCCACCCCAUCUACCCUCCCAACCUGAUCCAACCCCUCCGGGAUUAUCCAGACCACCCCCCACCCUCAGCCUGGGAAUGUCACUUGCCCCAACCCCCAGCCUGAUCGACACCCUGACCUGACCUAGCUUGGGGGUUCCCCUUGACCCCUUAUUCCACCCCCCAGCCUGGCAGGCCCCUGACCCACCCUGGAUCCAUGCACCCCCAGCCUAGGGUUCCCCUCACCUCAUGACCCCCACUCCUACUUGCCUUGGGAGGGGCAUGUCAUUCCUCCUUCUCACCCAGCUUUGAGGCUCCUCUGAUCUCCUUUUCCCGCUGGCCCGGUUCUGCUCCCCAGCUUGCCAAUUUUGGUUGGAUGUAUUUCAUCACAUGACAUCAUCUUUAAUUAAAGAUUCGUC